AUGUGGUUUUGUAUCUGGCUUGAGAUUUUCUGGCUUAUGCUCUGGCUGGGCCGGAUCAUUGCCAAGUGCAUCCCAUACCCCGUGGGUCUCAUCGCCACCAUCUUCACCAACUCCGAGAAGGUGUGGCGAGACAUGGCCAGGCAGCUGGAAGUCCCCAUCCCCACGAUGGUGAACCACCACUCCAACGGCGACAAAACAACGCGCGGCUGGGAGAAAACGAUGAACAAAGUAAUCAUCUCCAUCUUCGUCUGCGCCACGCUCAACUUCAUCAAGAAAACCAUCAUCCAACUCAUCGCCAUCAGCUUCCACCCCCGCACCUACGCCGACCGCACCGAGAUCAACAAAUUCCAAACCAGCAGCCUCGUGAAACUAUACGUCUACUCGCGCGAGAAAAUCGUAAUGAAAGGACUCCGAGUUCGAAGCCCCCUCCCCCUCCGACGAAGCCACCGGCCUCAAAACCCCUUGAAAUACAUCAACAAAGCCGGCAAGGGCGUAAAACAGGGCUUCAACCGCGUCGGCAACGUCGCGGGUCGAGCAGCGGGUGACUUUGCCGGGCGCGAGGUUGAAUCAACCGCACAGCCGCAGCAGGUCGUUAAUCAGAUCCUCAGUAGCACGGCGCUGAGACGGUGGCGGAUGAGGACUGGCGCCGGCGUUUGA